AUGGUGAUGGAGGCAGUGAAGACCCUGGAUGAGCACAAGGGGGUCUCUGUCGUGGCCAUAAAGCGCUACAUCCUGAGCAGCUACCCCGGGGUGGACCCCAUCCGCUUGAAGUACGGCCUGAAGAUGGCCCUGGCCAGAGGCCUGAAAAGGAGCUGCCUCAUCCGGCCACAAAACUCUUCCGCACUGGGGGCCACAGGGAGAUUCAAGCUGGGCACAGAGGAAGCCAAGGGAAAGAAGAGCCAGGAAAAGCAUUCGGAUUCGGAUGGAAAAACAGCGCCCACACCGAAGAAAGCGGCCAAGAAUCCCAAGGCAAAGGUUCCUGUGGAGAAACCGAGGCUGGGAGCAAUCGCAGAAGGGGAGGAGGAGGAGGCGGCUUCCAGCAAGAGUACCAAGGCGAAAGCUAGCAAGCAUCCAGGCAAACCUCCAGCGACGCCCAAGUCAAAGUAG